AUGUUUCAGUACUUACAAUGGAAAAAUUCAUCUAUCAAAGACUUGAUUGACGAAGCCAUACUUAAGGCCGAGGAGGACGGGGUCAGAGUAUUGAGUCUCGGUUUCUUGAAUCAGAGUAUGGAGUUAAAUGCAUAUGGCGAGCUUUAUAUUAACAAACAUCCUCAGUUAAACAUGAAGAUUGUAGAUGGUAGUAGCCUUGCGACGGCUGUAGUACUGAACAAUAUUCCAAAAGGGACAACUCAAGUUCUCUUUAGAGGAAAACUUAAUAAAGUUGCUUACGCAAUUGCUUUUGCUUUGUGCCAAAUGGGUAUCCAGAUAGCUACAUUGCAUCCCGACGAGCACGAGGAACUUAAUAAACACUUAACUGAUGCCAAAUUUGCUUGUAAUUCAGUUCUCUCAAGAUGUUGUUCUCAUAAG